AUGUUUGAUGUGGAUAAAUUCAUUAAAUGUAUUCAUAAUAAUAAUGCGAUUUGGGAGACAAGUUCGAAACAAUAUAUGGACAAGAAUAUGAAAACCCAAAGUUGGGUAAAUGUUGGACAAGCUGUCUAUGAAGACUGGGACGAGUUAUCAACCACCGAAAAAGAUGAACGAGUUAAAUAUUUGAAAAAUCGUUGGAGGCAUAUACGUGAUGGGUAUUGUAAAUUUUUAAAUCAUGGUAAAAAAGGAAAAUCACCCAAGAAAAAAAAAUUUGCCUACUCAAAAUCCUUAACAUUUUUACAACAAGUACUAAUAAAAAGAAAAACAUCAAUUAACAUAGAAAAUCGUGGAAAUAAAAGUAACGAGGACAACGUUUCGAUAAGUGAAAAUGAAAUAGAAAAUACUGAAGAACCGUUAUUAACGCCAAUGGCUUCAACUUCUAACGCAGCUUGUUCAAGCCUAAAAUAUACUACGGCGGAAAAAAAAAGAACAUACCUUAAUCCUUUUAAAACCGCAUUACUGGAAUGUUUUGCAGAUUCACUAAGUAACGAACAUGAUAUCGACCCUGAUAAGGCAUUUCUUCUUUCCAUCUUACCGGAUUAUAAAAGUUUAGAUCGAGCAAAAAAAUUAGAUUUUCGUCAAUACAUUUUAGACUUUUUUAAAAAUCAAAACUCCUUUACUCAAUAG